AUGGUAGCUGUUUCUUCCCAUGUUCUAUCCAAACUUUCUAGUCCAUGGCAAUAGCCUCAAUUCCCGAGGACGUUAGCCGGAGAUUUCGAUCUUUUAAAUUAAGUCAGUCCAAAACUAACUGCGCCAUAAUAUGUACGCUCGAGCUACAUUUUGAUGACCUCUUUUCAGGUAAAAUCAACACAAAAUCGAUGGCAGUUGAAGUGGAAAAGGAACUUAACGUAUGUUCUUUCUAAAACUUUCAUUCUUUAUGACAGGAUAUUUCGAUCGACGAUCUACCUGAAGAGCUCGCCCCAAACGAACCCCGAUUUGUGCUGCUUAGUUACGCUCUGAAUCACGACGACUCUCGCGUUUCUUAUCCGUACUGCCUCUUAUUUGUCAGUCCACGAAGUAAGUUUGCUGUGUAUUCGUUUUUACUUGUUGUUUUUGCCUACACGGAAAGUGUUUCAUCCAUAGGGUCGUUUUAGGCUUCAAUAGUGGCCUCCAUUUUAAGACGAAAUUUCUUACAAAUUGUUGGAAAGUGUUUACAUCGUAUUUAGAGUCUGAACUGCAUAUUUUAAAGUUGAGAUUUCGACUGGACUAAUGCGCGUCUCCUCACUCCUUUUGGAUUUUUGCAUAUUGUUGAGUUAACCAUGCGUGUGUAGUACAGUUUAUUUUGAUUCAUAGCCCGAUUCAUUGCUGAUUUUCUCAUGUGACCGCAUAAGACCACAUAGUCCAAGUUUCUUAGUAAUGUCUAACCAAGGAACUAAACUGCCAAUUUAAAGCGUUCUCGGGUCCUUUAUCCAUAACUUUGCGAAUAUCAAAAGACUUCGUAUUAUCUUACCCUGGUCGAGAAUGAAGACUGAAAUAAGGACCAUUAGUCAUCGGCAUACUUACACAGCUUGUCGCUUUUUGCUGCGAGGUGUAUUUGACGGACGAAUGUGUUUAUGUUGCCAAUCCUGUACCAAUGUCUUGAGCUGUUGUUCCCUAGAUUUCCCUAUCUCAUCUGCAGUGGUCUCCGAUCUACAGCCCCUUUUCUCCCAUUCUUUCUAAAAUUGGGAUCACUUAUCUUUGGUUCAAGAAUUCAAUCACUUUGUCUUCCAUUACUUAGCUGACGACCAGUGACGCUAAGGGGAUGGCAGUGAAUGUACAGCUUCUUGUGGCUUAUCGCCGCAUGUUUACUGUCUGCAUUCCUGGCUUAGAAGGGGUUGUGUCCUCGGGCAAUGAACUCGACGCGUGGUAGGUAGGCGAAAACACGAUAUGUCUGUUUUAGGUUUGUUGUCAAGCAACUCUUGCCCUGUCUUCUUGCUGACUCAGACUAUUAAGUGUGUGCUCGAAGUCCACUUCUCGGUCGACUUCCAGGGCGUGAUCAGCGACUUCGGACAGCUAACCAACCGUCCGCACCGCCAGUUUGUGAUUGUGUAAUCGGGAGCCGGGUCUUCUUUUGGUCUUGCCUGAAUACUUGAAGCCACAGUUUUGUUGUGGGUUUUGAUAAACGGCGCCAGCUUGUUCUUCUGCGUCUUGUUUGUUUGCGAUUCGCAGGAUGUUCGCGCAAAAUAUCACCUGGUCGACAGGUGGUACCCAUGCUAAUACCUACGGCAGUGUGUUCUGUCUCGGGUGACUUUCUGGUAGAGUACCAAUAUUUGAUGUGUACUCUGCCUCCCGUGGGCUAAUUCGGUGGGGCUGACUAAAUACCCAGAGGUAGCUGUUCUUUGCACAUUAGUUGCAGGUAUACAGAAGUUCUUGUGCCAGUUUGCACGGAUCAUUGCAGUGCAUUUCGACCCUUUGAACGGAAUUUCUAACAAGUCUUCAAUUCUGCGUCAUUAGAUGGGUGUUCCGCUAGUGGCCUUCCUGCACCCGGUUGUUGUGCCUAAUAUUGCCACUUUGUCGAGCUCUGGUAGUACGUUAUUUUUCACUAUGACGAUGUUCCUCCAGAGUAUCGGCAUCGUAAGCGACCGUUUUAUACGUCUCUAAUAUAAAUUUUUGGGUUAAAACGCCGCGUGUAGUCUUCAUUUCAAGCCUUUUCCUUGUGUCCGUCCAUCAGGCAGCCCGCCAAACCACAAAAUGAUGUACGCUGGCACAAUGCACCACUUUAUUGACGUCUCCCAAGUCACAAAGGUAUUGUGUUCUUUGCCUAGCAUUUAACGGUUAGGUCUUUGAGGUCCAAGACUUGGACGACAUAACUGACGAGUGGUUGCAGGAAGAAAUGCACAAGAAAGGUUACUGA